UAAACAUCCGCCAUGAAGAAAGAACCACUGUCAAAUUGCAGACGAGAUGUGAUGAAUUAAAAAGGUUUUAUGCACAUACGUCCCAAUGUCGUCGGCAUUGGCGAGGCUGAGAAAGUCUAAUAAAGAUGGGGACAUUAAAAAAGCUGCACAAAAAGUCUCUGAUCCAAAGAAAGAUACCAUUACCAGAUUAAGACAUCUAAGAACAGUGCUGGAAAACUAUGAAACAGCAGAAGCAAAAAAGUUCUUUGAGGAUUCAUACUCUCACAUUUAUUACAUUUUCUUCGACAAUUUUGUCACCAUUGAAACAGAUUUAAAGCAGCGAGCUAACAAAACUCACAGAGAAGAACUCGAUCACAUUUUACUGAUAUUUGAAAAAAUUAUAGUGUUUUUACCUGAAGUUAUUCAAAGAAGAUGGAUGUUUCACAGUAUUGGCAGGAUAAUGAAGAAACUAUUACAUCCAGGCAAUGGAUUGAGGUUACGUCGAGAUGGUAUGCGGCUGUUUCUGAUGUGGUAUCAGAUACUCCAAGAGCAUGCAGGCGAGGAAUGUCAUGAGAUAUUCCUGCAGCUGAUCCCCGGCCUAGGGGAUGGGGAGCAUCAGAACACGCUGUACGGACGCACCGCAUCCACCCCAGAUAUCCGUGAGUCUAAUUCAAGCAUUACAAUCAGAGUUUCACAACAGGAAUGUAUUCUACGCAUUCUGAAAGGUUUUGGUUAUGGUGGUAUUAUUGCAGCAGGGGAGAUAACUCCAAUCCUUCCAGUGCCUGGGGAGAAACAGCCUGAGAACAUUACCAAGUUCUUCUUUGAAGCAUUUCUGCAGUUUAUGGUGUCAGAAGUGAGCAAAAUUGAGUGGAAAAACAAAAGCAUGAGGGAGGCCAGUUUCUUAUUCCUGUUCAACAAGUUCAAGCAGUCAUAUCUAAUGUGGCUGAUGCCAAACUUUGACAAGAACAGAACCAUCUAUAACCCUGACCUAGGAUUGCCUGGGUUACGGACGUCUGAACAUACUCAGAACACUGAUGAACCAGACAAUGUGUCUGAAUGUAGAGAUAUCUUCAUCCGCUGGCUCACAACCUUCACUAUAUCAUCCAGGAAGCCAGACCCAGAUGCUAAAUUGGGUGUACAUCUGUCCAGCUCAGCCCUGGCUGACGAGGGUGAAGGCGAGGGUAAGGGGACCAGUGAGGGGGCAGACGCAAGGGAGGGGGACGGAGAACCGGCCCCUGGGAGCAACACAAGCACCCUGUCUGGCCUGUCUAACAGCUCUCACCCUCUAAUGGAGAGGGACUCCCCAAACAACAGCUUCAGCCAGGAUGUUGUUCACAGCCCCUCUGAGUAUGAGAUUGUACGCCAUGUCAUGUACUCCACCAGGGCUAACGUUGAUAUUCUACAUGAAAUAUUCCGACAGGCUCUGCUGUUCUCAUUCAAGCAUGGUAUGGCCAUACGUCGAGUGAUUGCUGUGUACAAGGAUUGGUUUCAGUGCGAGCCCGAGUCACUGCCUGUAUUUAUGUUGGAUCCAAGUGAGACGCCUGGCCCCUACCCCCUGGGUCUGCCAUCCGACCUGUCUCAGAGCCUCUCUGAUAUUCUCGAGGAGGAGGGCUCCAUUGACUCGGUGGAGUCUGCACCUAUCUACAACCCGCUGCAAGCAUCCCGCGACUCUGGUGACCUGAAGUCGUGGCUGCGCAACGCCUCGUACCUGGGUGCUGUUCAGGACCUGGCCGAUGGAGGAGACUACUCUCAGUAUGAUGUGAGGGCUGGCCAGCAGAAACUUAUCCAGCUUUGCUUUACCAACAUGGCCAAUGUCUUCCUGCUGCGGUCUGAGUCAGAGGCGCAUCUCAAUGAACAGGUCGACAUAUGUAAGAGGGUUCUCAAUAUCUACAGGCAGUUGGUGGUUAAGAUCCCUAUGGAGCAAAAAACAUGGGAGCAGAUCCUGCGAGUGUUGCUGUGUAUCACCACAGGGGUGCAGGGGGAACAGGCCGGGGUCAGUCGUAAUCGGGGACUGGGUAUGCGCCUAGCACAGCCCAUAUUUCAGACCCUGAUAGUGACCUGGAUCAAGUCCAACCUGCAGCAGUACAUCAGUGUGGAGCUCUGGGACCAGUUCCUACAGGUCAUGUCUUCUCUCACAUCAUGGCCUGAACUCAUUCACGAAUGGGCUAAAACCAUGAUGACCCUGACUACUGUAUUUGCCAAGCAUGUAUAUAGCCUUGACCUUGGAAACUUGCCCCUAGAACGCCUCACAGAGCAGAAAGAGAAGAAACGACGGCAGGGCAAGCAGUGUUCAGAGAACAACAAGUCUAAAGUGGAAACCAGUUUCUCGAAGGUCUGGAGCAAAUCUGGGGAAACAGAGCAGCUUGCAAGCGGCCAGGCCUCCACGUUUGAACGGUCGCAAACCAAGUACAAAAGUGAUGGUGCAGGAGGCAGCAGGUCCCGGCCCGACAUCCCGGGCAAGCAGCGCUCCCUCAGUGGGACCCCUUCCCCCUGUCACUCCCGGUCAGCGUCCGCCUCCUCUGACCUCGCAAACCUAGUCCGUAGCAACAGUGAGGGAAACAUCACUGACCCGGCACAGCUGGCUGAAAGAAUCAAAGGGAUAAUGUCUCGCAGCACUGUCUCCCCCAGCUGUAAGUCUAAUUCCGCACGCAGUCUAGCUACCGCUCUGCUAGCCACCAUGGGGCCUGAUAUAAAUAAAACCUCUGAUGCAGCAGAAAAUGCAGAUGACCAGGAGCUUGCGUCUUUGACCUCCGUGCCCUCUGUGACCUCGCCAGUGGAGACGCCCAGCAGUGAGUCUGCAUCAUCUGCCCUCCAGGAUGCCAUGGACCACAGUGGCAGCGUCAGCUCAGAGAGAUCAGACACAGACACCGUCAGGCGAUCUCGCUCCCCCUCGCCCACAUCAGCUCAGUACCGUAUCGGGACCCGCACCCCGUCCCCCACCCCUAGCAGCGAGCUGGGUGUAGAUCUGCCCUGCACCCACAAGGACAGCCCUACCCCCGAUAGGGACAGUCUCCAUAUAGAGAUUGUUACCAGCAGUGUGGACCACAACAGAGGUUCCCUUGAGAAGUCUGUGCUGUCGGGGGGCACGUGUCAAGGCUGGCUGCCAGACGUUGCAGUGGUGAUGUGGCGCCGCAUGCUGGGGGCCCUGGGUGAUGUGAACAAGAUAGAGGACCCGGCCAUACACGCCUCUGUCUUCGAGCAUUUGUGUGAGCUACAUGAGACUCUCUGUCGAAUGCGGGACAAUCUGGGUGUAACAGUGGAUAACCAGUCUACCCCCACCCCACCUGAGUUGAUUCCACCUCAGACAAUCUUCUCUUCAUGGCUGUUUGAGUGCCUUACAUUGAGCAACAAGUACAAGAAGGGCAAGCUGCUGGCCUACCAGCUCCUGUGUCAGAUGAUGAUCCGCGCACCCGACAUGAGCCUCUCCCAGGACCUGCUUGCACACUUCUACUACAUCCUUCACACAGGGCUUAACUCUCAGGACCAGGAUGUGCGCAACGUGCUUAUAAAGUACAGUGGGCCAAAGUUGUUCUACACGCCAUUGCCUGGCCAUACCAUGCUGUUGAUAGAUGUUGUCACUGCUACAGAAUCUGUCAUAAACUCACUAGAUGUCAAAGAGAGCCCACGUCUAGAAGCAGUUUCAAUCCUGGGUUCGCUGGUGUGUUUUGCCAACCACUACAAGGACAUCCCAGCUCUGCAUGCAGACAUGGAGAGAUCUACAGUCAAGGCUGACCUUGUUAUGGAGCGUGUUGUUAACCUGCUGUUGAAAGCUGGAAAACGGGAGCCAGCUGGUCUGGCAAGAUGUAUAGCCAUCAACAGCCUGGGUAUAUUUCUGUAUGAGGAGAUAUCGCACGGGACACGAAACCAUGUCAAGUUUGCAGAGGCUGUCAAUGUGUUGCUGGCAACAUUAGGGUGUAAGGACCGCCAGGUGGCCAAGACAGCGACAGACAUGCUGGCCCUGCUGGCAGACCAUGUGGACAAGUUCCUGGAGUUCCAUCCAGGCCUGCCCAAGAAAAUUGUACAGGUUCUCAGCAGUACGGUCUGUGUGCUGGUACCUGCAAAUGGUCAGAUCCAGUCAGAGGAGGAGAGGAGGCUCAUGGUUGCCAUGGUGAUGUGUGUGGGUGACUGGUGCCUCAAGAUACCCAUGCACUGCCUGCUGGAGACAUCGGAGUUUGACAAGGGCUGCCUCAAUACUGUGUUCCAGAUGUUGAAUGUGGUAGUAAGUGGUCAUAGCAACACAACUCUAGAGACUGCCAGCAGGUGUGUGGGUGAUCUCUGGAACGACCCUGAAUAUCAAAACCUGCGCAAGGCCUCACAACCGGGCGGGGUAGGAAUGACGCCUUCCAACUCUUCUGGCAGCAUAGUGGUCAUAGACCGAGGCAAGAAAGGGACUGCAUCGCCCUCAUCAGCAGAGAAUAGUCAGACUACAAACAGCAGUGAUCCCGUGGUCCUGGUGGGGAGAUUGAUGAUGAAUCUGCUAGUGAACCACCUGAGCCACUUCCCGAUGGGUGUUGGAGCCUCGCGGCUGGUGGGCUCUGUCUCUGAGUACCACGACAUGCCGGACUUGAAUGUCGAUAACCUCAAAGUGGACCUGUUUGCUGCCCCUAAUAUACAGUUUUUCGUGCUUAAUCAAAGAACCCUCAUAUCUUUCGUUGAACUACCUGCUUUGCUGGACCUGCCUGGGGGAGGGGUUACUGCAGGCCUUACCACCGCCCACACUGUGUGUAGGGUGGUACUGAGGGACCUGACUGGAAAGUACUGCUGGGAGAGCUCCGUCCUGUACGGUCCACCCUGGUGCCCCAAGGGAUCGUACUUUGAAAAUGCAAGAACCCUACACGGCCUCACGGUUGGCAUGGAUACAGAGCCCCUUGUUGCCCCUGACGACAGUGAAGUAACCAUAACAACUACACCUAGACCUAGAGCCCUGUCUGAUCUGCCAAUGUUUGAGUCCACAGAGGCCUAUCAUGACAAUCUGUUUGAUUUGCUGGGCUAUGUUGGCCACACGAGCCCUGAGUGUCAGCUCUACCCAGGCAUUCCUCUGAACAUUGAGAGCCCAAUACCAGAGGACCUGAAUGAACAUGCAGAAACCUUGAUGAAGGACAUGCUUCUACAGCAGAAGAAUGCAGAGACACAGUACUUCAACAAGCACAAGAAUGAUGCCAAACGCAUGGAGGAUGAUCACAUGCUGGCGCGGCCACAGAUGCCCUCAGAGAACCAGGAACCAAUCUCCCCGUUCCAGAUGUGCCGCAUGCUCAUUGACCAGAUGGGUUUCCUGUCUUGGGAGAAAAGGUGCCAUUUUGAUUUGCUGAAGCAGUCGGACAAGCUCCGGAGGGAAAUUAAGCACAUGGAUGCCCAGAGAUGUCGUGAAACCCACAAGUUUGCAGUCAUCUAUGUGGCAGAGGGGCAAGAAGACAAAAACUCUGUGCUUUCAAACGCUGGUGGCAGUUCAAAGUUUGAGCACUUUGUGGCAGGGCUGGGCUGGGAGGUUGAUCUGGAGGUGCACAAGGGGUUCCUGGGGGGCCUGCAGCAGAACAAGACUACAGGGGACACAGCCCCCUACUAUGCCACGCCCACCUGCGAGAUUGUGUACCACGUCUCUACACGUAUACCCGAGGGGAGCGAGGAGUCCAGGCAUAUCAAGAUGCGACACCUUGGGAAUGACGAGGUGCACAUUGUGUGGUCAGAGCACACGAGGGACUACAGGCGGGGCAUCAUACCCACCGACUUUGGGGAUGUUCUCAUCAUCAUCUACCCACUGCCAUCAGGCCUCUUCAGGAUCCACAUUGACAGAAAGCCAGAGGUGCCACUGUUUGGCCCCUUGUUUAACGGUGCAAUAGUAGAUCAUCGCGUUCUGCCAGGACUGGUGCGUGCUACAGCUGUCAAUGCCAGUCGAGUCAUUCGCUCACAGAAACCAUUCUAUCACUCCUUUUUUGAGGAGAGGGCCCAGUGUCUGGACUCCAUCAUGAAGAACCAUGUGGACAAAACCAUCUUUGAGAAUUUUGCUGCAGAUGUCUUUGCACCCGUUCUACCUCCUAAUUCUACAAUUGUAGAAUCUCCGUCUGACUCAUCGCUUGCCAUGGCCCCUUCACUCUCCCAGAGCGAGAUCAGCCAAUCAAACGCCACCACCACCAAGUCAAACAGCACCCUGGACUCACAGGUGUCCCCAACUCCCUCACGCCAGAGCAGAGGGAGCCUGGCCUUGGACGUUCCUGACAAGGGUUCGCACGGUGAAGGGAACCCAUUCAUGAGAACAGCACGUCGGUUAUCACAGAAGAGACGCAAGAAUUCUACUAGUCGGUUGCCGCAGGCCUCAACUCCUCCUUCCAGUCCCAAUCUUUCUUGACACAUACUAUUUGCUAGAGUAUUUGAGCCAUGCUUUUUGAAUAGGGGGUUUAAUGCAUGCACAGGCAGACUGGACAGGCUAAUCUGGGACGACACUUUACGCACAUACAUUUCUAAGAAGAGACUUUGUUUAAACGAAAAAUAUCAUAAAAGCGUAGUGUUGUCCCUGAUUAUAUACAUGUAGCUUGGGCGGACAGCAGUGGCUAAUCUGUGAUGACACUUUACGCAUAUGCAUUUAACCCCUUUUUCACAGAGCACAGCUCAUUUAGUUUUAAUUUCUUUAGUUGUUUAUUUUGUUGUUGGUCAUUUUAUUCCAGCUAAUUUAUAUUCAUCUGAUCAGCAGUUUUAAGAGAAAAAUUAGAGCAAUUAAGUAAAAUGAACAAAACGCAGUGUAAAUGCUCUAUGGGCAAAUAUGGAUUGAAUAUACCUUGUUGUACUCUGGACUUUGGAAUUUUCAGGUUAUAUAUAUAAAUUACUCAUAUACAGUAUUAAUAUUAUUUAUUGACUAUAAUACAUUGAAGUGUUAUUCAUAGUGAAAACCGAUGUAUUCUUAAGUUCUUCUUUAUUCAAAAUUUAAUCCUUAAUUGUUAAUGAGGAUGGUACUUUUUGAUGCCUGUGACUGACUAAUAAAUUAAUUUGUAAAUAGACAAAUUAUUAUCUAGUUUGUACAUACUUAGAAUGAUAUUAUACUAGGAUGUUGGAUUAUUCAAUAUUUUAUAUUGGCUUCUUGAACUAAUAUUCAUGAAGUUUAUUGUGCUUGUUUGAAUUUGUUAUAUGGCUUUCAUUGUUUAUGAAGUGCUUUGGUAAUGUUCUUCAAAACGUUGUACUGAUAAGAGAUUUUCAUUAUUUCUGGAACAAAUCAUUUUGAUGUGUCAGUGUUUUCGCUCGUUGAGUUCAGAAUGUUUUGUUGCAUAUCAAUCCUAUCUAGUUGUGUAUACCUUGAGCAGUUGUAAGAUUAUUAGCAGUAUUUUCGUUUGAGGCAAUGUUGUGUUUGUCUUAAGGUAGCUCCACUGUAAUGAUUUCCGGCGAUUUCUUUAAAGAUCAAAGAGCCUUUUUACCUGUUUACUUAUGGAUAUCUUAUUUAAGCAGGUACCAAUGUGAAGUUGUUGUGGCUGAAUGGUUAAGGCGAUAAACUUGAAAUCUUUUGUGAUCUUCUCACGCAGGUUCGAAACCUGCAGACAACGCAUACUUUUUGGGACGUGUUUUAUUUACUUUUUAACGUAAUUUGAUUUAAAAUAGCAUAUAAGUUAUGUUUAUUGUUAAAAAUGUAGCAAUUUUAUGCACAUUCUUCAAUUUUUAAAAGGAAAACAACGUUAAUUAUGGCCAUAUUGGGUGAUUUACUGCUAAAAAUACGAAUCAUGCAUGUUGCAUUUUUAUUUUUAUUUCAAAAAGUUAAUGGUAAAACUGUCUAUUUCUUGGUAUUUUUGCUGUAUAUAGUGUAUCUAUAAAGACUAAGUUGAAAAUAUUACUUAAAUGAUACUAUUUUGAAUUUUAGGACUCUUUGUUUUUAACCAACCCAAUUUCUACUUGGCUGAAACCACUUACAUUUCAUGGCGCUCUUCCAUAGAUAACAAGUUAUGAAAAAUAAAUGUCUGUAAAAGAAUACUCAUUUCAUCUUGUUUAGACUUUAGACACCUUUACUGCAUCUGUACACACCAAUUGCAUGCCCAUAUUUGGAAAUCUGGAUGAAUUAUGGAACUUUCAUAUACCCCAGGGGUGCAAAUAAACUGGACAAAAGCCGAGCUUGGGGGUGGUUUUUAAAAAAUCAGUAUAUUCUUUUUAAAGCAUGGAAAGCCUACCUAAAAAAUUUGCAUGUAGUGCAGUAAAAUGAAGCUGAUUACGAAAAUAAUACAUUAGAUUAUAUUUGGAAAGGUGCUCAUUACAGUGGUGCUACCUUAAUAUUGGAAAGCAAAUAUCAAUAACGUUUUAUUCAUGCUUUUAAAUCUGCUAUUUUGAAAACACUGAUUUAAUGAAACUCGAUAUAUAAAGCCGUCUUUGAAACUAGUUUCUCAUUUGUACAAAUGUUUAUAGCAGAUGGAAUAUUUGACUGGCAAAAAUGACUUAGUUUGUUUUGUGUUAAAUAGCUUAGAUAAAUCUUAAAGAUGCUUAAACAAUCAUUUUAUACAGGAACACAUAUAAAUAAUGUUUUUGUACAACUUACUUUGUUACUAUUGUUACUGUUGUUUAUCUUGGCAGAUGCUUACAUCGGCUCUCACAUAUAUGUUAAUCAUGAGUUUCUAACUAAAUACAUUUCACCACAAAACUGCAUUUGUAAAUGCCAUUGAUCUUCAUACUUGUGACACAAAAUGAAUUUGUGCGAUAUAAUGUUGGCUGUAGAUAGCUUUGUAGGAUGGUUAGGUGACAUGUUUUACUGGACAGUGCAAUAUUAUUUAUAGUGGUUCUUUAACUGUGUUUAAACAGUCAUAAACCCUUGCAUAUCUAGUACAAUCAGGGCUUGGGAUCGAUUGAAUGCUUGUUGUCCCCAACUGGUGAAACCGGACGGGACUUAUGGUUUGCGCUCUGUGUGUCCGUCGGUAUGUCAGUCAGUCAGUUUGUCACACUUUUCUGGAUCCUGCGAUAACUUUAAAAGUUCUUAAUAUUUUGUCAUGAAACUUGAAACAUGGAUAGAUGGCAAUAUGGAGAUUAUGCAUGUCAUUUCAUUUUUUUCCUGCGUCAAAAAUUCUGGUUGCUAUGGCAACAAAUAUAUAUAUUAAAAAAUCUGACAAUUGUGGAGUUUCACCGGUAGAGGACCAUAUUGCUUGACAAUAGUCUUGUUUUACUUGUAAUAACUAUCCCUCACUUUGAAAUAUCAUUUGAAUGGAAAAAUACUAUCGAUGAACAACAUGAUAUGCAAUUGUGAGCAUGCAUUUCGGUAUAUUAUAUGUAUAUAUAAAUCUUGAUCAUUACACAACAUUCUUAAUUGAACCAGAUACAGGCACAACAUUCUUAAUUUAAUCAGAAACAGGCCAAGUGUGUGAACCAUUUACACGGUUUUAAGAAUCAAGUAUUGUUACUGAAAAAUGGGAGCAUUUGUUAAUAGUUUUAGGCCAAAAUGAAUGAUACUUAUUGUCAUCAAAAUAAGAAAUUUAAUUGCAAAAGCCCCAAAUCUUAUAUUAUAAUUUUAGACAAAGAAAAUGCUUCAUAUCUUCUUGUUUACAUAAAAUGAUCCUUAACAACCGCUGUAAGAAAAUUAACCACUUGACUGGAAGGCUCGUGCUAAUUAUGUUACAAUUAAACAUUGAAACAAUACACUGAUCUGUUUUUGUUUUGUUGAUACAGAUAGUAUUCUUAACUUAAAUCAGCAUUUUUGCAUGUAGAGAAAUAAAAUUAAUGUUAUCAUCAUUUUCAUGUUGAAACAAGUUUUUAUGCCCCCUUUCAAAGAUAAGGGGGCAUAUAGUGAUCCGACUGUCCGUCUGUCUGUCUGUCUUUUCGUUACGCUUUGCAUUAGAUAAAAAAAUGCUCAUAACUUCUAUGUGCCUUAAGAUAUAACCUUUAUAUUUGGUAUGCAUGUGUAUAUGGACAAGGCCUUUCCAUACGCACACACAUUUUUACCCCUGUGACCUUGACCUUGAACUUAGGGUCUGCGUUUAGGUUUCGAAAUCUGCGUUUAGGUUUCGAAAAAUGCUCAUAACUUCUAUGUCUCUUGAGAUAUAACCUUCAUAUUUGGUAUGCGUGUGUAUAUGGACAAGGCCUUUCCCUACGUACAAAAUUUUCUACCCCUGUGACCUUGACCUUGAACUUAGGGUCCGCGUUUAGGUUUCGAAAUCUGCGUUAAGGUUUCGAAAAAUGCUCAUAACUUCUAUGUCCCUUGAGAUAUAACCUUCAUAUUUGGUAUGCAUGUGUAUAUGGACAAGGCCUUUCCAUAUGCACAAAAAUUUUGACCCCUGUGACCUUGACCUUGAAGUAAGGGGCCGCGUUUAGGUUUCGAAAUCUGCGUUUAGGUUUCAAAAAAUGCUCAUAACUUUUAUGUCCCUUGAGAUAUAAUCUUCAUAUUUGGUAUGCAUGUGUAUAUGGACAAGGCCUUUCCAUACGCACACAAAUUUUGACCCCUGUGACCUUGACCUUGAACUUAGGGUCCGUGUUUAGGUUUCGAAAUCUGCGUUUAGGUUUCGAAAAAUACUCAUAACUUCUAUGUCCCUUGAGAUAUAACCUUCAUAUAUGGUAUGCAUGUGUAUAUGGACAAGGCCUUUCCAUACGCAAACAAAUUUUGACCCCUGUGACCUUGACCUUAGGGUACGCAUUUAGGUUUCGAAAUCUGCGUUUAGGUUUCGAAUUAAAGCUCAUAACUUCUAUCAAGUGUUUAUAGGGGGCAUAAGUCAUCCUAUGGUGACAGCUCUUGUUUUUAUCCUAGUGCCAUUCUACAGUUUUCUUGAUCACAUUAAAUUGUUAAGUCUACUUUUGCUUCCAGAAGUUCUGAGAAUACAUUCUAAUCAUUGUCAAGUGUUGCUAUUUAACAUUGUAUUGUUAAUACUGAACUUUAAUGAUAACAUUUACCAUUUAAUUCUGCAAGGUUUGAUAUCCUCAGCAUUUUCUGCUUGGUUAGCUGUUGGUCAAAUUCAACUCUUCUGCAUCAUUUGUUUGGUGUCACUAAUUGAUUACGACCAUAUUUUAUUAUGAGCAAAUCAUUUCAAAUGGAUUUAUAUAACAUAUAAGAUUUUUUUCAAAUCAGAUUUUAUCCAAACUUGUGUGAUAUAAAAAUAUGACCAUAAAAUCUUUGAAUUUGAGCAAAAUCAAAAUGCAUAUGAGUAAGACUCCCUUUUUUUACACAACAAUAAAAUUGCAAAUACAUAUGUGUGCAGUAUUGAAAAUUAUUUGUUAUCCAAUCCUGACCAAAACAAGACAGGAUUUGUAUGAAAUUAAGACUUAGAAUUAAAAUUAACAUGUUCAUUAAGCUGGAUGAGCUGGUCGUUGCUUAUGCCCAAAACCCUGGACCACCAUGGACCUUUUGUUGAGUUGUUUUUCAUUCGAAUAGUAACAUUACAGGUAAACAAAAACUACUAGAUAACUAAGACACAUGAACAUGAUUUUCAAUAUUGUUUUAAUUUUAAUUGUUAUUUAAUAGUCAACACUCCUAGAGACAAUUGGCUUUUGUGAGGAUUAACUGCAACUACAUGUAGUCUACAAGUUUGUUUAACUUUUCAUAUUGUAUUCACCCAGUCUGAAUGAAUUGAACUGAACAAUUGUUAUUCUAUUGAAACUUUUGUUGAGUACAUAAUAUUUAAUAUAUCAGGAACACAUGUUAGUGACUUUUCAAAUAAAUUCUAUCAAAAGUA